UCCGCUGUGCCUAAAACUGAAAUGUUAGAAAACGAGUCUUUGAAUUUUUCUGUGUAACAACAGGGGGAUAGUUUAGAAUCGACUGUGUUGAAAUAAGUAGUGUGCUGUGGGGUUUUAUUUAAAGUAGUUAGAACUUAGAGAAACCCGAAACAUUUAACAUAGAAGAUGGCAUUAAAGCGGAUUAACAAGGAGCUACAGGAUCUUGGUCGUGAUCCCCCAGCACAGUGUUCUGCUGGACCUGUUGGAGAUGAUUUCUUCUCCUGUUGACGCUGUGGUUCACGACCCGCUCCAGGAUCAAGAUUAGCUUGCUGUUGAUACAGCUCUUCUGUUUUAUGGUAUUUCACUGGCAAGCAACAAUCAUGGGACCACCUGAUAGUCCGUAUCAAGGAGGAGUCUUUUUCCUGACUAUACACUUUCCUACGGAUUAUCCCUUUAAACCACCUAAGGUUGCUUUCACAACACGAAUUUAUCACCCAAAUAUUAACAGCAAUGGAAGUAUUUGUUUGGAUAUUCUUCGUUCUCAGUGGUCUCCAGCACUUACUAUAUCAAAAGUUUUACUAUCCAUCUGUUCUUUGCUGUGUGAUCCAAAUCCAGAUGAUCCAUUGGUACCAGAAAUUGCUAAGAUUUACAAAACGGAUCGAGAAAAAUAUAAUGAACUUGCACGAGAAUGGACCAGGAAAUAUGCCAUGUGACAUUGUGGUGAAUAAUUAGCAUUUCUUCCAUAUAUAUAAUUUUUUUUUUAUUUGGGGGGGGAAGGGUGAAAAAAGUUUCUUUACUUCCUACCUGUGGACAUGACAUAAAAACUAAAGUGCUGGAGUUUUUUAAAAGUUACCUUUAUUAAGAAUUGCCCAUAAUUAAAAUAAAUGUUCAUUAACUGACUUUACAUUAUUUAUUGUAUAAAUGCUUUGUUUAAUUAUUACUGUGGGGUAGAAAAUUUCAGAAGUAUUGGUCAUGCCAGCUUGACUGUAGAAUAAACAAGCCCACCAGAGGUCAGAUUGUGCACCUGAUUGAAAUCAUUCAUACUGUAAGAAACAAUGUACAUUUUUUUUUUCUAUUUGUGUUGGUGUGUAAAUAAAAACUUUUUACAUUCAUCCAGA